AAAAAAUUUUCUCUCCCACUAAAUAUCAUAAAACGAAAGGUUCUUGUAAUAUAAUGAGUUUCGAAGGAGGUAGUCUUCUAGAUAGCCCUUUAAAUGAUGAUUUUUAUGAUGAUAAAAAUGAAAAUGAAUAUCAUGAUGUAUCCUCAUCAAAUAGGAGUAUAUCUAAUUCUUCUUUAAAAACUUGGCAUCAUCAAUUUCUAAAAAUCGAUUUUAGAAUAAUUAAUAAUGAAAAAAUGAGUCAAAAAAGUGUUUUAGUUUUAAGAUAUAUUACAUUAGAAUUAUGUAUAACUAUACAUUACACAGAAAUCAUCAUACCCUUAAACCAAGUUCGAAAAUUCCAAUUAGCUUCAAAUCGUAACAUUUAUUUGGAGUUAAAAAAGGAUUUUGUCAGAUAUUAUUACAAUAAUCCUAAAGGAUUGAUUGGGACUCGUAUUCCAAUUUCAAAUGAUCCUACAAAUGUAACGGAAGGGGAAAACAUUUUUGUAUUUACGCCAUCUGAGUGGGUUGAUAUUAAUACUUUAAGAUUCUUUGAAGAAGGAGUUAGGCAAUUAAUUAUACAUCAGAUACAAAAUCAGCCAAAACUAAAUGAACAAAUCGUUCAAGUUUCAGAAAUUAAUUCACUUAUUUAUAUUGGGGAUGAGAAGGAUCAAAUAGAAUCAUUUAAUAGUAUUAUAUCUGGUGAUGGUAAAGAGGUAAUUCUUCUAACUUGUAAUUUUAUAAACAAAAAACAUUCACUCCGUGUUUCAAAAGAAUCAUCAUUUAAUGACAUACUUUCAACGAUUCGCGACCGUUAUCAAGUUAAUAUAAAUCCAAAUAUAAUCACCUAUAAAAAUCAAGUUAAUGAUAAGAUUAAUUUAAUUGAUGAUGAAGAUUGGAACUCGGCUAAAUGGGAAUUUGAAAUGACAAAGGCUAAUAAAAUUGAUUUGUACUUUUUUUAAAUAACAAAGAAUUUUUUUGUUUGUGCGACAAAAAAAAAAGGAAAGAUUAAUUUUAAAAUACUUACAUUUUCGAUUUAUGUUAAAAAGGAACAAAGAUCAUUUAUUAAUUUGUAUAUAUUAUAUAUAUAUAUA